CUCGGAAGUAGCGACGAUGAUGACAUGAAACCAAUGCAUGAAACAGAGGUGUUUGUAGGCUACAUUGAUUAAACUAUUGCAAUUAUAAACCCUUAUAGACCGUAAAGUUAAACAAGAACUUUGCGUGGGACAAUGCAGACUACAACAGAUGUUAGAGGAAAUGAGGCAUCACUACUAUCGGUUUUGAAGACGCUGUUAUUCUUCACAAUCAUGAUGAUUACUCUACCAAUAGGAUUAUACUUUGCCACCAAAGCCUAUGUUUUCCAAGGUUCGUUGGGCUACUCCAGUAAUGACAGUUUCUUCUAUGCUGCCAUUGUCGCUGUUGUGGCAGUGCACGUGAUCCUUGCGCUCUUUGUCUACGUCGCUUGGAAUGAGGGAUCUCAGCAGACAAGGGUGGGAAAGCAAGACUGAAGAGCAGAAGACACUCACAAACAGGACACCCUCUCCCCUGCCACACACACACACACGCACACGCACGCACGCACACAUCUGUCUCUAAUUUACACCCAGUGUUUUGGGAAGAGUCCCCAGCUGGCCUGUCUCUUUCAGUGGGGGAGUUGUAGAAACUGGCUGUGUCUCCUCACCAGGUGACCUGAAGGAGGGCAUAGACGUACUGAGCCAGGCGAUCUUGUGGCUUGAGGCCAGAAAAAUAGGCAAAAGCAGUGACUAGGGAGCAGAAAUGCUCUGUGGAUUAAUCCAUUAACUUUUGCCAAGGCUGCUACAUCUACAGAAGAUAACGUUUGUCCUCAUGGCACCCUUAAAAGUUCCUCAAGGAUCCGCAGAUUGUUUAAAUAGAGGGCUCUUUUCAGAUUUAUUUAGAAGUCUAUGUUGUGGCCCUUAGGUCUGUACAGGUCCCUGAAAAGUUCUUCAAGGCUUCUCUGAUGGAAGAGGAGAGUGAAAGCGGUUGUGUAAGGAACCUAGAAAGAACAUAAACUCCCAAAGGUUCUUCAAGGUGUUUUAACUGUAAAGUUCAGAUCUACGCAAUUUUACUCAGAAACCAACCUAAGGUGGAAUAUUUAAAUGUUUAUAAAAGAACCUUUUUGGGAAGGCUGUGCCUUAAGCACAUUUUUAUCUGUAGUUAUGUGAUUCUUUAGCCAAAGCAAUCCACACCAAAAUGAUCAAAGAUAUAUGGUCAAAGUCAGUCAAAAUAAAGACACUCAUUUUCUCUAGACUAAAACUAUAGUGAAAUUUGCAUUGCACUGUUUUGUAUUUCUGUUGUGAUGUGAUAUUGUGAUCAUGUGUACAUAUCAAAGUGUCUACUUCUGAUUGCACCACUACUUUUGAUAUGAAAAUGAUCAUAGACUAUGGAAUACUCAACAAUAAAAAAAUGUAUAUUUUGA